AUGAAGAAUCUUAGAUACGAUUUAAAUAGAGUAUAUGAUUCCUCUUUACAUUUAAAAUUGGGUACUUUUCUUAGGGAAUGGAAGUCGGAAUUCCAAAAAGUCUUUAUUGGUAAAGAUCAUUUGAUUAAUGAAGUAUUUGAGAUAAUAUCAGCAAAUUUACUGCAAAUUUAUCUUUCUAGCACUAUGGUUAUUUAUAAUCAAUUGAAAUAUGUUGACAACUUUUUGAAAAUUAUAUCAUUUGAUGCUAUAUCUAACUAUUAUAUUAUACAAGGAUAUAAAGGUUCAGGUAAAUCACAUUUUAUAAAAUCUCUUAUAAAUACAUGUAACAAGGAAUUAUUUGUAAAUUCUCUUGAUAAUGUUGAUAGGUGUUUUUCAAUAGAUCUAUUAAAUUUUCUAAAUGGAAGUAAACCUAUAUUGAUGAGUAAUUUUGAUGGGUUAUCUGAUAUAUCUUUGGAAGGAAUAUUGAAAUCUAUUAUUACUGUAACUUUAGAUAUAAAAACUAAAAUCUUAUUUUGUAAAAAUUUUGAGAAUCACGAUUUUUUCUGCCCUAUAAGCUUUGUUAAUUUGAUAAAUUUUACAGCUUUAAUAGAGACAUAUGAUUUAUAUGUAAAUGGAGGCCAAGUCUAUACAUUUGCUGGAAUUGCAACUCCAUUAUUAAUAUCAUAUGUAAUUGGAAAUUUUAUUUAUAAUGUAAGCAUUGAUAAACUUCCUAUAAUAAUCCUUGGAGAGUAUGAUAUUAUUAAGAAUCCUAAAAAUAGUUAUGUUCCUGAAACUUUUCUUGAUGAGUUUAUAUAUGGAAAUGAAAUAUUUAACAGAUAUGAAUCAGAAAAAUUGUCCAUGUUAAUGAGAAAUUAUAUGAAUAUGUUUUCUUUAAUUAAUUUUUCAAAUUUACAAUUUGAUAAUUUCUCUUAUAAUAAAGAAAUUCUCAUUUAUCAAUUAGCUAAGAAGUUCCAAUUUCAAGAUAAUGAUAAUAGAGUUCAGAUAUUAAAAGAUAUAAUAGUGGAAUUUGAAGACUUUUUGAAAUUUUUUACAACUGGAGAUAUUAAUUUAUUAUGUAAUGAAAUAAAUUCAAUGAGAAUUCAAGAUUUAAUUUCAAGUUCAAAUACUUCUCGCAUUGUGUGCUCUGGAAAUCUUAUCUUUACCUCUGAAGAUGAAGAUAUUAUAUGUCCUUUAGAAGCUAUAUCUGUUAAACUUAGAAAAUAUUUUAUUUUAUGUUUUAAAUAUAUUACUCCUGACUUAACACGUGAACUUUCUAGAAGCUUCUCAAUCAUACAAUAUCUAAAAAAUAGAGUUUUUGAAGAUAAUAAUUUUACAGGUUUAGAUAAGGUUAUAGGAUUUCAAGAAAUUAUAAAAGAUAUAAAGAAUGAAAUUUAUUCAUUAGGAUUUAAUAAGGAAUUCUAUAAUUUACCUGUUGUAUUUAAGGGAAUUAUUGGCUUUGUUAUAUCUGGUGAUAAGGGAAGUGGUAAGACAUUUUUGACGAAAUGCUUAGCUGAAGAACUAAAGUCAGAUCUGAUAAUUAUUAAUACAGCAGAUAUAUUUAACAAAAGGUUAGGAGGUACUGAAGAAGCUAUUGAAGAAUUAAUACAAGGUGCUCAAAAUUAUAACCGAAUUACUUUACUUUUUGAAGAUAUAGAUAUUCUUUUAAGUACAGAUUUACAUUACUUAGAUUUAAGAUCUUCAUUUAUUUAUCUUUUGGACUCAUUAUCUAGAUGUAAUAAAUGGUUAGGAUCGAAAAUCCUUGUUAUUGGGACAACUAGUUUACCCCAUAAGAUAGAUCCUUAUGUAUUUCAGCCUUAUAGAUUUUCUAAAUUAUUAAAAUUACCCAAAUCUUCUGAAUGGAAUUUAGAAUCUAGAUUUAAACUUUUCAAGAUACAUCUAGAACCUGUAUGGAAUAGAAUUAGAGAUAUGAUUAUUUUUGAUAUUGGGAAAAUUGAAAUAGAUGAUGUUAUUAGAUUAAUAAAUAAAAGACUAUUAAAUACAUUUUCUCCAGCUAAGGCUGAAAUUAUCUCCAAAAAUUUGGGUCUCUUAGCUAUUGAUUUUAUUUUAAAAAUUAAUGGAAAUUCAAAGAAUAUGAAAUCAUUGGAAAUUCCCCAUACCAUAUUAAUGCACCAAUUUUCAACAGUAGAUAGUAUUGUUGAUGCAAUAUUAUCACGUUAA